AUGUACUUCUCUCGCUUCUUGCAGUGGAAAUGGCUUGAACGGCAACCGGUCACCAAGAACACAUUCCGACAUUACCGUGUGCUUGGAAAAGGUGGAUUUGGUGAGGUGUGCGCAUGCCAAGUACGAGCCACUGGGAAAAUGUACGCCUGCAAAAAGCUGGAGAAAAAAAGGAUAAAAAAGAGGAAAGGAGAAUCUAUGGCAUUAAAUGAAAAACAGAUUUUAGAAAAAGUGAAUAGUCGAUUUGUAGUUAGUUUAGCCUACACCUAUGAAACAAAGGACGCCCUUUGCUUAGUGUUAACUAUUAUGAAUGGCGGAGACCUGAAGUUUCACAUAUACAACAUGGGGAACCCAGGCUUUGAUGAGCAGAGAGCUGUGUUCUAUGCUGCAGAACUGUGCUGUGGAUUGGAGGAUCUACAGAGGGAGAGAAUAGUUUACAGAGACCUAAAGCCAGAAAAUAUUCUGCUUGAUGACCGUGGACACAUCAGGAUCUCCGAUCUUGGGUUAGCUGUGCAAAUCCCUGAAGGAGAGUCCAUCCGUGGCAGAGUUGGCACUGUGGGCUACAUGGCCCCAGAGGUCAUCAACAAUGAAAGCUACACUUUUAGCCCCGACUGGUGGGGGCUCGGCUGCCUUAUUUAUGAAAUGAUCCAGGGUCAGUCUCCGUUUAGGAAAAGGAAAGAGAAGGUGAAGAGGGAAGAGGUAGACCGGCGAGUGAAGGACGAUGAAGAGGAAUAUUCUGAGAAGUUUUCAGAAGAUGCCAAAUCUAUCUGCAGGAUGUUACUGACAAAGGACCCCAAGCAGAGGCUGGGCUGUAUGGGGGAUGGAGCAGCAGGUGUAAAGCAGAAUCCGAUAUUCAGGAACAUCAACUUCAAGCGUCUAGAAGCCAAUAUGCUGGAUCCACCCUUUGUUCCAGAUCCACGUGCUGUAUAUUGUAAGGAUGUUCUGGACAUUGAGCAGUUUUCCACAGUGAAAGGAGUAAAUCUGGACACCACAGAUGAUGAUUUCUACUCCAAGUUUGUGACAGGCAGUGUCCCCAUCCCUUGGCAGCAAGAGAUGAUUGAAACAGAGUGUUUUAAAGACAUCAAUAUUUAUGAGACGGACGGCUGCUUGUCGCCAGAUCUGGAUGUGAGCAAACAGAACAUAAGACCAAAGAGAAGCUUCUUUCAUCGAUUGUUCAGAAGAGGGGUAAGAAAUGUUCUAGGGAUCUGCUUUCUACAGUGCUGGAUUUACUGGAAACUCUUUAUUCUACAGGUUACUAAAAAAUAG